UCAUCAGACGCUAUGGAAACAAUGGGUCCAUGGACUCUUCUCUUGACAACUUUAACCAUUGUUCUGUCCAUUUCACAUGCAACUUCAGAAUCAUCCAAUAAAAAAUUCCUUAGCUGUCUUUCUAGCCAUUCAAAAACUUCAAAUAUUCCAAUCUCUGGAGCCAUUUACAUUCCACACAACACCUCAUUCUUAUCCAUCUUGAACAUGCGCAUACGAAACAACCGAUACAAAACAGCAAGAACACCGAAACCUCUAGCUAUCAUAACUGCUCUGCAUGAAAAUCAUAUCCAGCAAGCAGUUACAUGUGCUAGGAGCAAUGGCAUUCAGAUUAGGAUCCGAAGCGGCGGCCAUGACUAUGAAGGUCUUUCAUAUGUAUCAGAUGUCCCUUUUGUUAUCCUUGACAUGUUUCAUCUCAAUGCAGUUAAUGUGAACAUUGGAGAUGAGACAGCAUGGGUUCAGGCCGGUGCAACACUUGGCAACCUUUACUAUAACAUUGCUAAGAAAAGCAGAGUUCUUGCAUUUCCAGCUGGAGUCAGCAUUUACUUGGGUGCUGGUGGACACUUUUCUGGUGGUGGGUAUGGAAAUCUGAUGAGAAAAUAUGGUCUUUCUGUAGAUAAUAUCAUUGAUGCAAAACUUGUUGAUGUCAAUGGUAAAAUUCUUGAUAGAAAGUCUAUGGGAGAAGAUCUAUUUUGGGCUAUUAAAGGAGGUGGUGGGGCCAGUUUUGGGGUCAUUCUGUCAUGGAAGAUCAAAUUGGUUCCUGUGACUCCAGAAGUGACUGUUUUCAAUGUGAAAAAGACUGUGGAAGAAGGUGCAACUGAUGUUGUUUAUAAAUGGCAACAAGUUGCAUCAAAACUGCAUGAAGAUCUUUUCAUAAGAGCGAUGGUUCAAGUGGUUGAUGGAAAAGUGGGUAAAAAGACAGUGCUACUUUCUUUUAUUGGUCAAUUCCUAGGGCCAAUUGAUAAACUUUUACCUUUGGUGAAUAAGAGCUUCCCUGAACUGGGUUUGCAGAAAAGUGACUGCACUCAAAUGCCUUGGGUAAAUUCAACCCUUUUCUGGAUAAAUAAGCCAAUUGGGACACCCCUUGAAACUUUACUAGGUAUUUCAAAAGAGCUUCCUUCGUCCUAUUUUAAAAGUAAGUCAGACUAUGUGAAGAACCCAAUUCCAAAGGAAGUUAUGCAAUCCAUAUGGCAAUGGAUGAUUAAAGGUGAGAGUGUAUGGAUGCAAUGGAAUCCUUAUGGUGGAAAGAUGGAGAAGAUUUCACCAUUUGAAACCCCCUUUCCUCACAGGGCAGGGAACUUAUUCUUGAUUCAGUACUCUACAUUUUGGACUGAUGCUAAGGCUACAGAUCAUUAUAUGAACUUUUCAAGGUCAUUUUAUGAGUUCAUGACCCCGUUUGUUUCAAAAUCCCCAAGGGAGGCGUUCCUCAAUUACAGAGAUCUUGAUAUUGGAGCCAAUCAUCCAAGUAAUGCAACAAGCAUUGUCACUGCUUAA